UAGGAGCGCGCAUAUAGCGGCGCCCGCCGGGCCCUGCCUGGCACUCGGCGGCGGCGACCACUGCGAAAGACCGUACUUCGUUCGCUCGUAACUCGCUCGGCUUCCUCUGCAGCCAUGUCUGACAAACCCGAUAUGGCUGAGAUUGAGAAAUUCGAUAAGUCGAAACUGAAGAAAACAGAAACGAGAGAGAAAAAUCCACUGCCUUCACAAGAAACGAUUGAACAGGAGAAGCAAGCAGGCGAGUCGUAAUGAGGCGUGCGCCGCCAAUAUGCACUGUACAUUCCACGAGCAUUGCCUUCUUAUUUUACUUCUUUUAGCUGUUUAACUUUGUAAGAUGCAAAGAGGUUGAAUCGAGUUUAAAUGACUGUGCUGCCCCU